CUUAACAUUAAAGUGGGUGAGGCUAAACUGAAACUGAGCCCAAGCAUAGUUUAUGAAAAGACACUAAAAAAGUGUUGAGAGGAGAACUGAUUUUUAAGAUCAUUAUUUUUAAUGUAGCCUAAUUUGAGUUGAUAUUCUGACUGUUGUGUCGUUUGUAAUGGCCGUAGCUAAACUGAACGAGUAUGCACAGAGAGAGUGCUUGGAGCUGAAGUAUGAGGACGUUGGAUGUGUUGGCCCUGAUCACAUGAAAACAUUUACUAUCAGAGCAGUCCUGGGUGGUAAGGCGUAUCCUGAUGGUGUGGGGAAGAGCAAGAAGGAAGCCAAACAGAACGCAGCAAAGAAUGCUCUGAGAGUCUUGUUUGGGAAGCCAGAUGACUCUCCUGGAGAGGAGAAACAGAGUGGUGCAUCAAGCCAACCAGAGGAGAAAUUGGAUCCAAAGGUGUCGGACGUCUGUGAUAAGAUAAGGAGCUUGAGUGUGAGAACCAAAGACGAAGGUCUUACAAAGACAAAUUUCAUAGGAAUCGUCAACAGCUACUGUCAGAAAAAGGACAAACACCCUGAUUACAUCUUAGAGAAAAGAUGUGGUCCAUCUCAUAACCCUCAGUUUUUCUACAAAUUAAGGAUCGACAAUAAGGACUACCCUGUGGGUGAGGGCAAGACUGCCAAGGAAGCCAAACAAAAUGCAGCUGGCUUUGCUUGGUCUGCUCUUCAGGAACAAACUGACUGGGAUAGCAAGGUGUCCGUUAGAUCAACAGUGUCUGAAGAUGGUGAACCAUCUAUGUUGUCAGUGCCGUCAGCUAUCCCGGAGUCCCAUGAAUCAUCAACACAAAGCACGCCAGGUGCACCAGCCAGGUUGUCAACACCAACUUCACCGUUUACCUCAGACUUCGAUCCCAUGGAGUGUCUUGGCAGUGGAGCCUUUGGUCGUGUUUACAAAGCAAGACACAAGCUGCUGAACAAGUUUUAUGCUGUAAAGAUCAUCUGCUGUGAAGAGAAAUCUCUUCGAGAGGUGGGGACAUUGUCUGACCUCCACCACCGUAAUAUCAUCAGAUACUACACAUUUUGGAUGGAGGAUUCAGGAUACAAAGGUGACAAUGACAUCUCCCACCAAUCUACAGAAAAUUCAUCAGCAAAGUACCUCUAUAUUCAGAUGGAGUUAUGUGACACCAAAACACUGAGAGGGUGGAUUGAUGAGAAGAACUCUCAGCCUCUGCAAGACUCCAAGAGAAGAGAAGAAAGUCUAAGAAUUGCUCAGCAAAUAGUCAGUGGAGUUGAAUAUAUUCACUCUGAGAAGCACAUCCACAGAGACCUUAAGCCUGCAAACAUCCUGUUUGGACUGAAUGGAGAAAUAAAGAUCGGGGACUUUGGUCUGGUCACCAGGGAUGACGAUGGCUCUUUGAUGGACAGAACAGAGAACAAAGGAACCCCCAUCUACAGGGCUCCUGAGCAAUGGAGGGAGAGGAACUAUGACCGAAAAGUGGACAUAUUUCCUCUGGGGCUGAUAUACUUUGAACUCCUUUGGAAACUCCCUACUGGCCAAGAAACACGUAACACUGUUUUGAUUGAUGCCAGAAAUCAGAAGCUCCCAGAUGACUUUUCACUGACUUUUCCUGAAGAGAACCAACUCAUCAAGUUGAUGCUGCAUGUGAAGCCAGAGGACCGUCCUGAAGCAAGUAUACUGAGGGCAGAGCUGGAGAAGUGGGCGCAGACAUUCAGCUCACAAAAUGUCUCUGAGGAAAGUUACAGCUCUCUCUUCAACUUGUUAGAAGAGGAAGAACGUCUACGACAGGUGUGCGCGCCAUUUAAAUCUGACCAGUGCAGAGCAAGGUGUGUGUUCACGGUCUUCUUAUUCAGGAUGGAGGAAAAUAAAAACUACAUUGCUGAACUACGUAAGUUUGCACGGAGAACACGCUGUGAGCUGAACUAUGAGAACGUGAGAUGUGAGGAAACUGACGGCAUUAAAAGAUUCUUCAAGAGGGCUGUGGUCAAUGGUCAAGGCUUUCCCAUUGGUGAGGGGAACGAGGCAAAGCAAGCCAAGCAGAACGCAGCUAAAAAUGCCCUGAGAUGUUUGAGUGAGAAGGAGAAUCCGAGACCGGUGACAGAAAAUGCUACGAAAAAUCCCACUGCACCAGUUCAUCCCACGAGUGCUGCCAAAGUCAACUCUGUAGACUUUCUCGAUGAACAUGCUCAGAAGAACAGGACCGGAAUAAAGGCUGUGGAGUCAACCAGACGGAAACAAAAUAAUGUUGCUCAAUGCUGCUUCGUGUUUGGUGAUAAGGAGAAUCCAGCUGUCACUGGGAAAGCAAAGAGGGAGGCUAAGAAGGAAGCAGCAAAGCGUGUAUAUGAUGAAAAAUGUGUCAGUGAAACUACAGAGAUGGUCUCCUGUUUAGCUCUAUUUGAUGAUGGUGCACCAGCCAAAUAUCUCACUUGGUAUUUUCCAAGGGAGUCCAGUGAUCUACAAUCAAAAAGUGUGGCAUCAACUUCAUGUUACUCAGUUGUUUUCACCAAUUCAUCAAGUCCUCCCACGGAGCAGGAACAAAAUCCUGUUGUGAAGCCCAAAAGUCGAAGAAGAACAAAUUUCCAAGAUGCCUGUGAAAGCAGCAAUGAGGAUGUGAUUAUUCCCAGAAAAAGGAACAUAGGAAACAGCCCCAGUGAGAAUAUAUCAGCUCAAAUCUCAAGGUUUACAUCAGAGUUUGACUUUAUAGUGUGCCUCGGCAGAGGAGCCUUUGGUUGUGUUUUCAAGGCAAAGCACAAACUGACAGGGAAGGACUAUGCUGUAAAGAUCGUCCUCUGUAAAGAAAAAGCUCUAUGAGAGGUGAUGGCUUUGUCAGACCUCAGUCACUGCAACAUUGUUCGAUACUUCUAUAGUUGGUUGGACGAUUCAGGAUACCAAUGGGACAGUGCAGAUGACAGCUGCAGCACUUCACAGUCUUCCAUUGAUGAUUCAUCUGUGAAGCGCCUCUAUAUUCAGAUGGAGUUGUGCAGCACCAAAACACUGAGAGUGUGGAUAGACGAAAAGAACGCUCAGAAUGUGAAGAAAUCUCUGCCAGACUAUAAGAGAAGAGAUGAAAGUCUAAGCAUUGCUCAGAAAAUAGCCAGUGGAGUUGAGUACAUUCACUCCAAGAUGCUCAUCCACAGAGACCUGAAGCCUGCCAACAUCAUGUUUGGGCAAGAUGGAGAAGUGAAGAUCGGAGACUUUGGUCUGGCCACUAAUGAGAACGAUGACAUCGCUGAGAACCAGAUAGAGAGAACUUGUUACAAAGGAACUCCAUCUUACAUGGCUCCUGAGCAAAAUUAUGACCGAAAAGUUGAUAUAUUUGCUUUGGGGCUGAUAUUCUUUGAGCUUCUUUGGAAUAUUCCCACUGCUCAUGAAAGACAAGAGAUUUGGAAUGAUGUCAGAACUCAGAAAUUACCACAGGAGUUUCAACGCAAAUUCCACCAAGAGUACAUUAUAAUAAAGUCAAUGCUGUGUGAGAUGCCAGGAAAGAGACCCGAGGCAAGCAAGGUUAAGACCGACUUGGAAGAGUGCCCUCGUACGCCCAACAUUCAAGAACUAGUGCGUCGUGGCAACAGGACGGCCUGAUGAUUAAAAAAAAAACAGCUGUUUCUAUCAUCCUACCCAUAUAGAUGAAGCUGGUCUGUUAGGAUCUCCAGAGUAGAGCUCGACUGAUUCAUUGGUUUGGCUGAUUAAUCGGUGCCGAUAGGACUUUAUGUGAAUUAUUAUUAAUGGCGGAAUGGGGUUCUGAUAGUAGCCAGUGGCUGUAUCCUCCACUGGUCACGUGGGUACAGCCAUAAGGAUUUUGCACAGCUUUACUUCUCAAGUAGGGAAUAAUAAGAUUGCUGGUUUUAGAAUAGCAUUAUGCCUUUUCUCUGUUUUGCUAGCGGGCAUGGUCAUUAUAAUUCCGCAGGCACUAAGUAGCAAGCCCAUCACUAGCAAUGUGUGAUUAAAAUAAAUUCUGACUGGGUGGGGGCCGGUUCUCAGUGCACUUCAGCCAUGAACGCAAAACAAACUUUCAUUCUCAUUUUUCAACGUACGUCUGAUAUGAUAUUCUCAGAUAGCAAUUAUCGAUUAUAGAAUGUGACUUUGUCCCUGGGGAAUAGCUGAUUUUACCGCAAGGCUGUUAAAGUGGAUUAAAUUCAGUCACCCAAUUUGAUCCUCCUUUGUUUUGGCACUAUGUGCCCAAAACAUAUAAUCCGCUAGGGACAAUAGAGUUUACUUUAUUGUAUCUCAAAGCUCCUCCUAAAACCAGCUCGGUGCCAUAGGCGUCAAUUCCGUGUUUCGGGGCCCAAGCAGCAAAGGAGAGGUCCGAGUACUCACGUUUGCCAGCCUACAGUCAUGGCCAGUUGAAAGCAAAGGUUAAAGCACAAGGCUGCAAGGAGCAACACUUUUCUCUUAAAGACUUGGCAACAAAGGUAGUACAUUUAAACAUUUUAAAUGAGAAGUUGACUAAAAGUUCAGAUUAUAUACGCAGUCUAACCAACUCAUGUUCACAUUCUAUAGCUGUGCCGUGAUCCUGCUCACUCAGAAAUAUUAACAUAAUCUCAAAUAUUAGCUUCAUACCGAUUUUUUUAAAUUCUUCUCAGGUGGUAUUGGCCAAUUGCUAUCAGUCCUUUCCUGCUCCAAACUGUCAUCAUAUCGGCUAUUAAAAAUCCACUAUCAGUCGACCUCUACUCCAGAGUAUGUUAAAUAUUUUACAAUACUUUUAUACACAUUUUUAAAUCAUACAUUUCUGUGAUUUUAUUUGACAUCUUGUUUUAGUCAGCAAUAAGGAAUGAGCAAAAAAUGCAUCGCUUUGUUGUGCAUUUUGUGCUUCUUUUUGAAAACGUUGCUGAAAAAUCAUAAAUGUAUGAUCUGAAUAAUCUUAAAUUAAUUUUUGAUUUUUGAGCUGUGCUUGUCCUAUGAAUUUAAGCCAGACUUCACAGUCUUGAUGUGACAGAUAAAUGUACACCGCAGGACAUGUUUGCAUAUGUUCUGCAGUCUUUGUUGAAACAUUAUUUUUAAAAUAUGUUUUAUGUCUAGUUGGAUAAAGAGUAACUAAACCCCAGAGUUUUGGCUGAAGUGUACAGUCACUUUUUGGUGCUGUGGAGGAGUACAAUGGUGGUGAUGAGUGGAUUGGUUGGUGACAAAUGCGGUCCUUGCUAGAUGGUAACCCUGGAUUUUUGAAAGUCUUGUGAGGGGGGGCACCACGGCAGUUCCCAGGAGGUGAACUGGCACCUCUCCAGCCACUAGUCCAUGCUCCAUAUUUGGUGCGAACGGGGACCUGAACAGGCGACCCACUGAUUCCCAACCCAAGUCCCCAUGGACUGGGCUACCGUGACCACAACUGACAAAAGCUGCCACCAGAUCAGCCACUAGCAGAAUUCAAUUACAAAAGCCAGGUUUCAACCAGUAUAGAGCGGUCACUGUGCAUUUUAUAACACAGCAUGUAGAAUUUAAAAUACUUUUCUCUAAAAUGUCAAGAUUUGGAUCAAAAUCCAUCGACAACAAUCCUCAAUACCCAUAUGCAUUGGUUUUCAAUUGAAAAUAGUGGGUUUAGUUACUCUUUACUGUAUACAGACUGCCAAUGUUUGUAAUUCAUUUUUCUAUAUUGUAUUUUCUUUUUGCAUGCAGCCUUA